CAACGGACCAGGCAGAGGAAGUGUACUGCGCCAAUAAGGGUCUCCAUGCCCGGCGGCCGCCGGUCAUUUACGGCUGUAUAGUUUAUGUGGAUCUGAGUCUUUGAGUUUCUGGAGACCCGCAGCCGCGGCCAGAACGUCCAGACCGGCUUGUUCCGGUAGCAGGUUAGACAGCUUGACCUUGGCCGCUCCUCUUUGCGCUUUGCAGCCCCUGGUCGAAGCAGAUGAUGUCGUGGGCUGCUGUUAACCUGAGAGGGACAGCUGCCCGAUGCUUUCGUGCGCGAUGCUUCGGGAUCCGCAUGGGUCCUUGGUGCGUCUCCCAGCAGGAAAACCCCGGCUGCGGUCCAACUCUACAUAGGACGCUGCGUGUCAGUGCGGCGGCCACCGCGGGACACAAUAAAUGGUCUAAAGUCCGGCAUAUCAAGGGCCCCAAGGACAUGGAAAAGAGUCGAAUCUUCACUAAACUCAUUCUCAGAAUCCGUCUGGCGGUUAAAGAGGGAGGCCCCAACCCUGAAAACAACAGCCACCUGGCCAACGUCUUAGAGGUGUGUCGAAGCAAGCAUGUGCCCAAGUCAACUAUUGAGUCAGCACUGAAAACAGAGAAAAACAAGGGCAUUCAUUUGCUGUACGGGGUCAGAGGCCCUGGUGGCUCUUCUUUGCUCGUUGAGGCAUUAUCAAGCAGUGGUCCCAAGUGCCAUUUGGACAUUAAAUAUAUCCUGAACAAGAAUGGGGGAAUGAUGGCUGAAGGAGCACGUCAUUUCUUUGACAAAAAAGGAGUGGUUGCCGUUGGAGUAGAGGACAGAGAGAAGAAAGCUGUGAACUUAGAACGUGCCCUGGAGCUGGCGAUUGAAGCAGGGGCUGAGGAUGUGAAGGAAGCUGAGGAGGAAGAAGAAAAGAACCUUUUUAAAGUGCGUAUGGGGCCGUUUAUUUGUGACGCCUCUUCACUGCAUCAAGUGAGGAAGAAACUGGACUCCCUGGGCCUGUGUUCUGUAUCCUGUUCCCUGGAGUUCAUCCCCAACUCAAAGGUGCAGCUGGCUGAGCCUGACCUGGAGCAGGCUGUUCACCUCAUCCAGGCUCUCAACAACCACGAGGACGUGAUUCAUGUUUAUGACAACAUCGAAUAACCAGACUGUGCGAAUCUCCACAUUCUUUCCUAGGUUGCACGAGCUUAUGCAGUAAUCUCGGAGACUGACAUGGGUGGGCGUGUCAGAGACCUGAUGCCAUGGCUUACAGCCUUAAGAAAAAGGGACUCUUAGCUCUGUUGGUGUCACAGGGCCAUCUGGGAUACAAGAUGAAACUAGCUAGCUGAUCUGACUCUGAUCUCAGGUGACUGGCCUUUGUCAAGAUUCUAAGUGUUUUGUGGUAGUAUAGAGUGGAAAUUAAUUAUCAAUAAUUACAGUAAUGCCAGGUGGUAAUGGUGCAUGCCUUUGAUCCCAGCACUCAGGAGGCAGAGGCAGGCAGAUCUCUGUGAGUUUAAGGCCACCCUGUUCUAUAGAGCAAAUCCCAGGACAAGCUGCAGAGAAACCCUGUCUUGAAAAACCAAAAUAAUAAUAAUAAUAAUGAGUAGUGAUUGAUUAUUUUUGGAUGCUGCAUUGGUGGUAUGACUCUUGAGUUGUCCCCAGUUUGUGUCUAGUAUUUGAACUUCUGGACUAAUGUUGAGGCUUAUUUCUCUACUUUAGUACUAAGAUUGUCUUUUUUUCCUUUUCACAAUAGAAUUGUGGCUGCUCUCUGUGGUUGAAUGCUGGCCUAAUGACCUAGCCUUUUCACUCACUCAUGCAGCUAGUAUUUCUUUACAAGAAUUAUGCUUUUCCAGAGACCAAGCUCUUCAGUUAAUGCUUGGGCCAGGCGUUGGUGGUGCACGCCUUUAAUCCCAGCACUCAGGAGGCAGAGGCAAGCGGAUCUCUGUGAGUUCGAGGCCAGUCUGAUCUACAGAGCGAGUUCCUGGACAGCCUCCAAAACAAUACAGAGAAGAAACCCUGUCUAGAAAAACCAAAGAAAAAAGAAAGAAAGAAAGAAAAGACAAGACAUGGGGCUGUCCCAGGGUAGUGUGGACUAUGUUCAUCAUCCUCUUUUUCUUCAUGUGGUUUUGUUCCCUUUUCUGUCUGUUUAAGGCUUUAGUGCCAUGGGAAGUGAGGUGUCAGGGAAGGGGCCUCCUCGGGAUCUACUGUGACCAACCCUUGUGUGUACAACAGACCUACCAGCAGAUGGGGUUAUUCUCCCUUUCUAGUGUUGCCAGAUGACAGGAACACCAAUAACUAGAGGGAUCGAGGAACAAAGGAAGAGUGACGGCUGAGCCAGAGCCUGGCCGCUUGUACCUUUGGCUCCUGACGGUCACUUCUGGGUUUGGACGGUCCAGCAGUAACGACUGCCUGUGCUGUAAUAUGUAAUACAUCAAGCAUAAUGAAUCUGGAA